AAAGCCCACAAGGUAAGAUCUGUGUCGCCUCUCCUGCUGCUCUGAAGGAGAUGCUCUCUCUACUUGACGGGUGGAUUUUACACGGAGGAGACGCACACCGUCCGCUGCUGCAAUCCAUCCGCUGUUCAUCCUUUGCCCAUUUCAUAUACACCUUUGCCAUUUAGACGAUCGGAGAGCGGAACAUUUGAAAAGCGGGUCCGAUGGCACAGUGGACAAUACUUGUGUUGUCUUUAUACGGAGUUCUGCAUGGACAAGAGAUUCAGCUUCCUACUAUACAAAAGUGCUGUCAGGAUGGGAUGACUCGGGCCCAGAAUGGACAAGUCUGUACAAUCCUCCCGCUCAUCUCCUCCUCCCACAUCUGCAUGAUCGCCCAGGAGCAGUGCUGUGCAGCAGCAGUAAGAGACCAACUCUGUGACAGUGGCAUGGAGAUGGCCAAGGGACAAGGGGCCUGUGAGAGGCCCUUCUUCGAAGGAGAUCCCUGGGAAACCAAAAUCUCUAAGAUGUGUUGUGACUGCUGUAUGCUCGGCCUGAUGAUGGCAAGCGAGGGUUUGAGCUGUGAGCUCCAGGGUUUGUUGCUGGGGAGAUGGUGUGCGUACCCAGCUAAAACCUGCUGUGGCAAAAACACAACAGAGGAAACCGAACCAAGUACUAUUGUGACAGAAAAGCUUGAGGCCGGAGUUACCGUUACCGACAUGCCUCCUGAGGGAUUGAUCCCCUGUAGAGACUCCAAUUGCUCCCAGUUGUGUGUAGGUGAUGGUUUAUGUGCUUGCUUUGGUGGUUAUCAACUGCAAAAUGAUGGAGUGACUUGUGAGGAUGUUAACGAGUGUUUGAAUGGCGGUCACAACUGCGUCCUCGGCCAAGUUUGCAUCAACACAGAGGGUUCCUUUCGCUGUCAGAGGGAAAGCAGCUGUGGCACCGGGUAUGAACUCAGAGAUGACAACAAUUGCCAAGACAUUAACGAGUGCACUUUGGGGACCCAUAACUGUGGAGCAGAAUUUGUGUGCACCAACACAGAGGGCUCGUUCCGCUGCCACCCAAAGGAGAGGUGCUCAGGCGGUUUCCUUCAGGACGCCAUCGGCAGCUGUAUUGACAUAAACGAGUGUGUGGCCCAUACCAGUCCAUGCCUGCCUGGCCAGACGUGUAUCAACACAGUGGGCUCCUACACCUGUCACAGAAACAUAGUCACCUGUGGACGCGGCUAUCAUCUGACUGAGGACGGCACGCGUUGUGAAGAUGUGGAUGAGUGUCGUACAGGGAACGUGUGCGUCAACCACGGUUGUGUCAACCUGGUAGGCUUUUACCGCUGUGAAUGCAGAACUGGCUUCAUCUUCAACAUUAUCACCAAACUGUGUGAUGACAUCAAUGAGUGCAGGGAUUAUCCCGGGCGACUCUGCACCCACAAGUGUGAGAACACAGAGGGGUCCUACAAGUGCAGCUGCACCCUUGGCUUCAAGCUGUCCCAGGACGGCAGAAACUGUGAAGAUGUCGAUGAGUGUGAAGCCAACCCUUGCAGCCAGGAGUGUUCAAAUGUCUAUGGCUCAUACCAGUGCUACUGUCGCCGUGGUUACCAGCUGAGUGACAACGAUGGGAUAACAUGUGAAGAUAUUGAUGAGUGUGCUCUGCCUACUGGAGGUAAUGUGUGUUCCUACCGCUGCUCCAACGCCCCGGGAAGUUUUUACUGUACCUGCCCACCCACAGGCUACACACUUUCACACAAUGGACGCACAUGUCUAGACAUUGAUGAAUGUGCAGCUGGUAGACAUACCUGUUCUGUCUCCGAGAGCUGCUUCAAUGUCCAGGGAGGAUUUCGCUGUCUGUCCUUUUCAUGUCCUCCAAACUUCCGGGUAGCAGCACAAGGAUCCAAACAAGAUGCUUCAGUCAAUCUGCGUUGUAGUAAGGCCUGCCAAGCUUAUGACAUCAACUGUAAUCGCGACACCUCCCACCUCAUCACCUACACCUCCAUCUCUCUGCCAACCUUCAGAGACUUCAGUAAACCAGAAGAAAUCAUUUUCCUGCAGACAAUUACGGCAGAUAACCCUGCUCCUCUCCCCGGAGCCACCAGUAUUUUCUUUGACAUCCUGGCUGCAGAUGAACAGUUCUCUUUUGACGUUGAGAAGCGCUCCCACAAGGGCAUGAUUAUGGGUGUGGUUCGGCAGGUGAAACCUAUCACUGGCCCCAGGGACUUUGAGUUGAAGGUGGCUAUGAACUAUGUCAAGUCAGGGGUCAUUACCCAUAGCAACGCUGUCAUCAUCCAUGUCUUCAUCUCAGAGUUUUGGUUCUGAGGGAGGGAACGAUACUCCAUCAGCAAUACAACACAUAACGUGGCAAAUAUAGUUUUUAAUAUCUGGAGGACGCCACACUUGCUGAACAUUUAAAAACACCUCAAAUGUUAAUGCUGUUGCACGCAAGAUGAGAUCAUUUCAUUUGCAAAUGUUUUAGAUGUACUGAAAACAGUUACAGAAGCAGUUUGUGACCCAUCCAGGUAAUUAGUUUACAAUUAGGUCUUUGUAAUUUUCAACACAAUAUACACAUAUUAUUAUUAUUAUACCGGUAAGACAAGAACACAAAAAGAUACCGGACUUUGAUUUGAUUUGAUUUGAUUAGGAUCCCCAUUAGCUGAUGCAGAACAUCAGCUCCUCUUCCUGUGUGACAUUGUUCUUUCUUGCAACUAUAACUAUACAUAUUCCUCUUCUUAUACUCUUAUAAAUAUUACACUAAAUACAUAAGCACUGAAUAUAGAAAAGUUAAAUCUUACAGCAUCUUUGUAUACAUAUAAAUAUUCUUAUACAUAAAAAGUACAAAAGUAGUUACAAAAUAUGGUUACAGGCUUAGGGCCCUUAGAUUUAGAUUAGAUUAGACUAAGAGCCAUGCUGGCAGCUCUGUACUUUGGCACAGUGGUGCUUUGAGCUUCAUGCUAAUUUAAGCACGCUUACAUGCUCAUUUCCUCAUUUUAGUCAGUUAGCAUGCUAACAUUUGCUAAUUUGCACAAAAAACAAGCUGAGGAUCAUGGGAACGUCAUUACGGUUUAUUCAGAAACCUAAGUAUUAGAAAAGGUGAAAAUUUGACCUGGUGGUGGCAUUGGAUGGUCAGGGGAUCUCCAAAGUUAUUAGGAUACACCAUGUGUCAACCAUGAAUGUCUGUACCAAAUUUUUGCCAAUCUAUCUGAUAGUUGUUGAGAUAUUUAAGUGGUGGUGGACUGACCAACCAACCAACAUCGUAAAACUUUAUAGAGCCAUGUCGCUAACAUGGCUAAAAAGUUAUUUUUCACUCAUAAAAAUACUAAUUUCUCACUUGAUACCCCAGAUGUGAGAAGUUACAUUUAAAAAAAGUAAUGUAAUAGAUAAACAGUGUGCCCUUAUCUCCCUAAUUUGUAUACCGUGUUUAACUUGAAUUCAGACUUUGUUGUCAUGAGUGCCACUGUAAUAGACUGUUGGUUCAUUUCGUUUUGAACGACCAGAUGUGACAUGCUUCAUUUGAUAAUAAAAAGCUUAAUCUACA